GGAGGAGGAGGAGGAGCGCGCGCCGCAGAUCUGCUCGGUUCGGUGACGCGGAUCAGUGCGGCUUCACCUGCUGCCUCCGUCCCGCGCAUGCGCACUGAGGAACCGGACUAACGGAGAUUGUUUGUGUUUGAUUUUUUUUUUCUCUCACUCACUCACACUGCAGUUAAAGUGUGUCGCAGGUCGCGCUCGUGCACAACCGGAGGAGGAGGAGGAGGGUGAUGAAGAUGAUGAUGAUGAUGAUGAAGACGAGCAUGGCGGCGCGGUGUACAGGAUGAAGGAUGGUCGCGGUGGUGUCGCAUGGCCCGAUCAACAAGCCGAAGCUCCGGGGGCGAGCGGGACGCGCGCGAGGCGGCGGAGGCGCGUGAGCUGUCCCUGGAGGAGGUCCUGCGCUCCUACGAGCAGCCGCUGAAUGAGGAGCAGGCCUGGGCCGUGUGCUACCAGUGCUGCCGCGGGGAGCGCGCGCACACCGCCCGGUACCGGUACCAAUACCGCCACCGCGCCAAGGGCCCCGACUCCAUCCUGCUGCACCGGGACGGUACCGUCACCCUGCGGCCCGACACGCGCACCUGCACCGCUGAUGGAGAAGCUGUACCUGCUCCACCUGUCCAGGAGAGCCAGUUGGUCCGGUCCAUGGGCGUGGCCAUCUACCGUGCUCUGGACUGGGGAUUGGCUGACAGUGAGGAGCGUGAGCUGAGUCCGCAGCUGGAGCGGCUGAUCGAGCGGAUGGUGGCGGGGGAGGAUGACGAGACCGCCGCGUGUAUCAGCAACACCACGAAGGAUGAAGGCUACAGCGGCCCAGAGGAUGAAGAUGAGGAGGAGGUGGAGGAAGAAGAGGCGGGAAGCAUGCACGCAGUACGCACUCUUCGGCAGGUGAUGACGCUGUGUGCCAGGAGACUGGCCAACCCGGCUGUGGCUCCGGAACACUACCAGGCCGUGUGUAGAGCGCUGUUCCUCGAGACUCUGGAGCUUCAGACCUUCCUCUGCAGGAUCAGAGAUGCCAAGGAGAUGUUGAGGAAGAUCAGGACAGAGGAGUCUCAGGAGGAGCGCUGUGCUGCUGAACUGGACAACCUCAAACACACAGACUGGGCUCGGUUGUGGGUGCAGUUGAUGCGGGAGCUCAGGCAGGGUGUAAAGCUGAAGAAGGUGGAGCAGCAGCCGUUCGAUCCUCUGCCCACUGAGUUCAGUCUCACACCGUUCGAGAUGCUCAUGCAGGACAUCCGGUCUCGCAGAUACACACUGCGCAAAGUGAUGGUGGAUGGAGACAUUCCCACCCGAGUCAAACAGAACGCUCAUGAGCUCAUACUGGAUUUCAUCAGAUCCAGACCUCCACUCAAACCUGUGUCUGAGCGCAGUCUCCCCCCGCGGCCGCAGGAGCAGCAGUCUCUUCACGAGCGUGUGUUAGCUGAAAUCCGUCAGGAACACAAACUGCGGCCGGUGGAGAGGCGGAGCUCCAAGAGACCGUUUGGUUCUCUCCCCUGUCUGGCUCACUCCUGUCACUGUGACCUCAAAUCCACUUCCUGUAUUGACCUGUCAAUCACAGAAGGUGGGCUCCGCCCUCUGCCCCGACCUCGUGUUCUUCUGAAAGCCCCUACACUCGCCGAGAUGGAGGAGAUGAACCUGUUUGAGGAUGAGGACUCACCUGACGGUGCUGAGUGUGUGGAGAGUAUGAUGAAGCGCGAUCGUUCAUUCUCCGAGCACGACCUGGCUGAGCUGCUGCAGAGCGAGACAAACGACACGAGCGCCUCAGUGUGUGUGCGUGGAGAGAGACCACGCUCGUACACACACACAGGAACCACACACAGACGCCCACACCGCGCUUCUCUCCCUGUGAUUGGCCGGUCUCCUGCGUCUCCUGCUUGUCGCUCUCUCAGUGAGGUGGAGGAGAUCAGUGAGGCGUCGGCGCCAUCCAUCAGCAUCAGCGCUAACCAGUGGAUGGAGGAGUUCAGCCACCCGGUAGAGAGUUUGGCGUUAACCCUUGAUGAGGUCAUCAGUGUGCGCCGUGUGCUGGUGAAGGCCGAGAUGGAGAAGUUCCUCCAAAGUAAAGAACUUUAUAACAACCUGAGGAAGGGCAAGGUGUGCUGCUGCUGUAGGGUGAAGUUCCCCCUGUUCUCUUGGCCUUCUACAUGUCUGCUGUGUAAAAGGUCGGUGUGUGGCUCAUGCAGUGCGAAGAUGAAAAUGCCAUCUAAGAAGCUAGCUCACAUCCCCGUGUACGCCGUGGGCUUCCAUAGCAGCCCGAGGAGCCACAGCCAGCGCAGCGACGUCUACAAGUCUCUGCGCUCGCUGUCACGCCGCGCUGUCGAAGACGAGUUUCCGUACCUCUACGUCGCAGGCUGCAGUCUGAGAGACGUUUGCGCCGAAUGCACCAAGUUCGUCGCUGAUGUCGUUUCUUCCAGCCGCCGCAGCCUCGACUUCAUCAACAACACACCUAAAAGAGACAAGCCACGCCCUCGUCCUGCCUCUCAUUACACCCCCAAGCCCCCAAGAGGCGGAGUCAACUAAGACAAUGAUUGAAUGAGCAAGUGAUCAGUGUUGCUUCGCUGGGCUGCUCCUCUUAAGACACGCCCCCUGAAUUGUUGGCCCCGCCUUGGAGUCAACGAUGUCAAUGAUUUGGACCACUAUAUUCCUGCCUUUGCAGAGUGACCUUUGACCCUUGUGAUACUAUGACAUGAUGGCUGAGUUGCAGUUCUGAAUGCUUGGUGCUGUUUUGCUGAGCAGCUUCCUUAGACACGCCCUGACACGCCCCUGGCUGCAGUCUCCGCCCCCUGAGUCGAUGUUUAAUAAUGUGCUCCACCCAGACAAGGACGUGGGCUGCCAUGCCUGGUCCCUAGCCACGCCCCUCACUUAACCAGGUUUUGUUGGUAUUGCUCCGCCCACACAGGGACAAGGCACCACCAUAUUACUGCCUCAGCAUUGUGACCUUUGACUUUUGUGGCACUAGGAUACAGCGGCAUGUUGCAGUAUUAACUGUUGAGCGGUGCUUUGCUGAGCAGUUCCCUUAUAUAUGACCUGACACGCCCCUAGGCUGCAGUCCCCGCCCCCUGACCUGAGGUUAGAUUAUACGCUCCGCCUACAUGAGGAACAAGGACCACCAUAUUCCUUUAAGGCUUAUCUUGCUCCCUGGCCCCGCCCCUAACGUAACCUGCCAUUUUUUAGUAUUGCUCCGCCCACACAAGGACAUGCACCACCUCAGCUUUGUGACCUCUGACCCUGAUAAAGAUGAACAUGACAGUUGUGUUUUGACUGACAGAGCAAGUGGUGGUAUUUUUGUUGGCCUUCUCCCUUGGACACGCCCCUUUAGGCCACGCCCUUGAUGUGAUAUUUAUUAGUCUGAACAUCAGGUUUUCCUGCCUGGCCUAUUAAGGACACACUCUGUAUGAGAAACAGGAAGUGGGAAAAAAGCAAGUUUGUUGGCUUGAUUAUAGCUCGAAUGUAGUGUUCACUUCACUGAUAAAUCGGACACGCCCUUCCCAGCACCUCCCUCCUGAUCAGAUAAGGCCCCCAGCCAAAUCAUAUGCUGAAGUGCACGAUGAAGCGUGCUAUAAAGUGUACAAAAAUGCUUGAAGCUGCUCUGUAGCGCAGGACUAAUGUUCUGAAAUCACCCAAAUGCCGUUUAAUCUGUUUAUUCUGUUUUAUUCUGCUGAAGUGCAAUCAGAAAAAAAAUUUCAAUCCUGCACGGAACCUGAAAAUCCGAACUCGGACUCGAGUUUAUUGCACUAUAUAGUGACUGAAUGUAUCAGGGAUUGAAGCCUGUUUAAGAACGUUAGAGAGACACUGUACAGCCAUUAACACCAUCUCCAACCCUCCACCCACCGCUCCAACACCACACAUCUCCAUGUUAGAACCAUAGAUGAGCCCUGAUGAUGUUCAUACUGUAAAAUAAAAAGUUGCCCAUAAAUUUAAUGUCUUCAGAAACAAUAAUGAUUUAUUUGUGUUUCACCAUUCAAGUCUUGAGAACAGUUGCUAGGCAACUGGGAAACACAGACACUGAACAUAAAUCUAGCGAAGGAUUUAGAAAGCUAGCAACAUACUGUGCGUUAAGACCAAUGACUGGAUAUAUGAGUGGAUAACAUGGCGACAUUCACUGCCGCUGUGUGUUUUUGAAGCCUUUUUUGGGUCAAAUUGGGAGUCGCCAUCUUGGGAGAAAUUGGAGGCGGAGCAUGUGCUGUAGAUACAGCUGGAUGGGCAGAGGGUCCGCCUCUCGCCCGCCCAUGAAACCGGCGUAUCGGUUUCUCAAAGGUGGUAAGUACAGCGUUAUUAAUUAAUAUGUAAAUUACUAAACUGUAUAAGUUUUUCGCAGCUAUAUUGAUUUUAAUGUUGUCAGGAAAAGAUUUUUAGAGCUUUGAGUCAUGACUGACUGAGCGGCUAUUUUCUAGCUAGCGGACAUUAUCCAUCAGUUUAAUCAAAGUAACGUAAAUAUAAGUAGCUAAUAUAUAAAAAAAACAGCAGUCAGUAUUUAAUAUCAUUAAACUUUAACAUCUUUUGAGCUCUAACACCUGCAGUAAGUUAACCGUCUGAAUGGAGAAGUGCUCUUUUACGCUCCACUCGUUCUGUCCGUGCAGUUUGUUUAAAAAGAAGAGAAUAGCUAACCUUACGAAUAUAUUUCAAGUGUUCACUAAGGUCAUACAGUCAAUAGGAAAUUAUUAUGAAAUAUAGCUAGUGUUAGCUGCCUUGGUUUGUGCCAUCACUUCGUUCACUUACGUUGUUUUGGUAGUUGUAAUAUCACUAAAGCGAGCUAGCUUAGACAUCAGAAUGAGCAACAUAGCGGAAAAACUGAACAGAAUCCGCCGCUGAGGGUCUGUUCGAAGAGUUUACAGCAGAACACCCCAUAGAUUUGCUACAGAACUGUCCAGAGCUUCAGGUGUGUGUUGGAAAGUGCGAACACGUUCAUGAGGCUUGACUGUCACGCCCAAAAAUGUCAAUCACCUCAUUAACCACGCCCUUAUGAAACAAUUUUAUCAUAAGGAAAAAUAUUUGGGGAGACAUCAGGAUCAACUGAACUUGGAAAAAUGAGAGGACAUCUUCUUCUUCUUCUUCUUUCGGCUGCUCCUGUUAGGGGUCGCCACAGCGGAUCAUCCGUCUCCAUCUCACUCUGUCCUCUGCAUCUUCCUCUGUCACCGGCAUGUCCUCCCUCACCACCUCCAUAAACCUCCUCAUUGGCCUUCCUCUUCUCCUCCUGCCUGGUCGUUCCAUCAUCAGCAUUCUUCUCCUGAUGUAUCCCGUAUCCCUCCUCUGCACAUGGCCAACCCAACUCAGUCUCGCCUCUCUCUCUUUGUCUCCAAACUGUUCUAGCUGCGCUCUCCCUCAAAUAUACUCGUUUCUAAUUCUAUCCAUCCUCGUCACUCUCGACGAAAACCGCAGCAUCUUCAACUCCAAACCAAACAACAUAGCUGGUCUCACUACCAUCUUGUA